AUGGCUGAAGACGAUAACAAUGCGGCAUUGUACAAAGGUGUUCACUUCCCUAAAUCUCAGAAUGUUCUUCCAGUAGUAGUCGGACGAUACAAGCGUGGCUUUGGUAACAUUGACACUGGUAAUCGAGCAACUGAGAGAACGUCCCCAACAACAGUCCAACAACCGCCUACACCCCCAAAACGUACAAGUGUUGCCACGACAUCCCGAAGUACCGCACCAGAAACACCAACAGCAGCAGCAGCAACAACAACAACAGUAACAAAACCGUCUACACCGCCAGAUCGUACUAGUGUUUCCACGGCAACCCAAGGUUACCUACCAGGAAAAGCAACAGCGGCAGCAGCAACAACAAUCACAAAACAGACUACAACUCCAGAUCGUACAAGUGUUUCCACGGCAACCCAAGGUAACCUACCAGAAAAAGCAGCAGCAGAAGCAGGAACAACUACAACCGUCUCAAAACUGUCUACACCCCUAGACUGUACUAGUGUUUCAUCAAUCACACCACUAAGUCACCAACCAGAAAAACCAGCUGCGGUAGCAACAAGUACAGUAACAGCAGAAACAAAAAUACAAAUUGUUUACACAACACAAACAGGUGAAAAUGUAACAGAUACAACAAAAGAGACUACAUCAAGCGCUGGUCACGUGAUAUCUAAGACGCUCACAUAUAUUUCUUUCAUUAUUAUUAUUGUAGAAUAUAUUCUAUUUCAAUAACCAAACCUCCUAAUUUACAAAUUUAAAGACAUAGAGUUUGUAGAACAUACGGACGCACAGAUGAACACAAGACAAACAUACGAGUUUGUUUCUAAAAAAACAAUCAACAGGUUAUAAUUUUCUAAUGGCCUUAUCAAACAGACAUUUUGCCGUUCAAUUUUCAGCGUUUGCUAUGCUUAGAUCAUGUAGAUCAAGUGACCAAAAACAUCACAGCUUUCUUUAUUAUACUUAUACUUCGCUUAAAAUUGAACCCGAUUCAUAUCAAGCUUGUCCAACAUAUAAAGAAGAAACUCUUCAUUAAAAUACCUAACCAAUCCUAAUGAAUCACCUAUGAAUGAUGUGUGCUCGGGUGAGCUAUAUGUAAAUUGCUAGCAAUGGCUACGAUGCUAUGAUGGGCUAAACUGCUAGCAAAUACAGUUUAUAUGUGCUCAUGUGAGCUUAUUUGCUAGCAAACACGAUUGCU